GCCACCUGCUGGAGAGGUCAGAUUCCGGGCCCAGUUAUCCCUCUCGCUUCGGGUCUUCCGCGCUGUUCUUAUUCACGAUUCCGGUAGUUGCGGACCACUGCGUUAUUGCCCGUGAAUUGUCAUUUUGCGACGUUUGCGGAACUUUGUUACAACGUUGAGCAAUAGCGAUCAUUGGUCAUUUCAAUUUAAAAUUCGAUGGUUAGUUUCAUUGCACGAACGGGUGGAGUCUGGUUUUCCACGCGUUUCUUGCACAGUAGCCUAGUAAAUUGUGCAUUUGAAAUGCCUGUUUAUAAAUUGUACUGCUACUAGGUUGUGCAUUGAAUGAACAGCAGCCUAAACUGGAGAGCUAUUCGAUCCACAAAACGGAUACUGCUUUAUUUUAGGACUCGCUUCAGUAUUUUGACACAUUUCGCAUGGAAAUGGAGAUUGCCACCGCGCUGGGGUGCUCUGUUGGUUUUACCUUCGGAGGACUAGUAUUUGUAGCGUAUAAACUUGGUUUACUGUAUCAGUUGUUUCAUAAGACUGAGACUCAGAGCCCUCGCCAUGGUGGGGAGAGUGUGGCAGAGGUUCUGCGUGCCCAUGGUGUUAAGUUUGUCUUCACCCUGGUGGGGGGGCACAUCUCGCCCAUCUUGGUGGCCUGCGAGAAGCUGGGCAUCCGCAUCGUGGACACCAGGCAUGAGGCUACUGCCGUCUUUGCAGCUGAUGCUGUAGCUAGGCUCUCAGGCACUGUAGGUGUAGCUGCAGUGACUGCUGGCCCAGGCCUGACUAACACAGUCACAGCAGUAAAGAACGCUCAGAUGGCCGAGUCUCCACUGCUUCUCAUAGGGGGCGCUGCUGGAACACUACUUCAGGGUAGAGGAGCGCUGCAGGACAUUGACCAGAUGUCCCUGUUCAAGCCGCUGUGUAAGUUCUGCGCCUCGGUGAGGAGUGUGAGGGAGAUCGUCCCCACGAUGAGGAAGGCCCUGGCCAUUUCCCAGUCUGGAACUCCAGGACCUGUGUUCAUAGAGUUCCCCAUUGACACACUCUACCCCUUCCACCUGGUGUCCAAAGAGUUCGGAGUGAAAAACUCUCCCAAGGGAAUAAUGGGGAAAGUUGUCACUUGGUACCUCCACAAUCACCUAAAGAACUUGUUUGCUGGGGCCUGGGAAACCAGAGAUGUUUCACCUCUCCCUGUGCACAUCCCUCAGGCCACAGACGAUCAGGUACAAAAGUGUAUAGAGCUGGUGAGCAGAGCCAAGAAGCCUGUUAUCCUACUGGGGAGCCAGGCAACACUACCUCCAACACCUGCAGAUGACAUCAGGGUAGCCCUGGAGUCCCUGGGCAUCCCUUGCUUCCUGGGGGGAAUGUCCCGUGGCAUGCUGGGUAGGAACAGUCCCUUGCACAUCAGACAGAACAGGAAAUAUGCCCUAAAGGACGCAGACCUUGUGCUGCUAGCAGGAACUGUAUGUGACUUCCGAUUAAGCUACGGCAGAGUGCUGAACAGGCGCAGCAAGAUCAUUGCCGUCAACAGAGAUAAGACUCAACUUCUGAAGAACUCUGACAUGUUCUGGAAGCCCAAUGUGGCCAUUCAGGGAGAUGUAGGCUCCUUCCUACUCCAUCUCUCCAAAGGCCUCAUGGGCCACAAAUGUCCCGAGGACUGGCCACAGAGGCUCAAAGCAGGAGACGUCACCAAAGAGAAGGCUAAUCGGGGGAAGGCUGAUGAGAAGACGGACCACCACCUGAACCCCCUGAGUGUCCUGCACCGUGUGGAUGAGCUGAUGGCUGACGACAGCAUCAUAGUGGCGGAUGGGGGCGACUUUGUGGGCAGUGCUGCCUACAUCAUGAGACCAAGGGGCCCACUCCGCUGGCUGGAUCCAGGAGCAUUUGGAACCCUUGGUGUUGGAGGAGGGUUUGCUCUGGGAGCCAAGCUGUGUCGGCCUGAGUCAGAGGUGUGGAUUAUCUAUGGCGAUGGUUCCCUGGGAUACAGUGUUGCAGAAUUUGACACUUUUACCAGACACAAGACGCCAGUAAUUGCUCUGGUGGGGAACGAUGCCUGUUGGAGCCAGAUCUCCAGGGAGCAGGUUCCCAUCCUGGGCAGCAGCGUGGCCUGUGGCCUGGCCUUCACAGAUUACCACAUAGUUGCAGAUGGUUACGGAGGCAAGGGCACCCUCAUUGGUCGCGAGGACGAGGACAAGCUGGAUGACAUCAUAAAAGAGGCACAGAAGGAGACCCGAGAGGGGAGAGCCACACUACUCAAUGUUCUCAUAGGGAAGACCAACUUCAGAGAGGGUUCCAUCUCUGUGUAGAGUAGCUCAGACAGACCACAACCUCUGGGGUCUCUGUCUGGACCUGUGGGUCCUAAAACCUUCCCACCUUGCCUAGAAACCCAACUCUGUUCACAUGCUGUUGAACAGUACAACUGCUGCAUUUUGCUUGUGAAGAAAAGUGUGAUUUCUGGGAACCUCAACAAUUCAGGAACUCAUUCUUCUCAAUCUUUUAUCAGCCUUUUGAUCCUUGAAAUAUACACUUUUAACCAAUUAAUGUAUAUUGACUUCGGAUAGCCUAUUGAUUUACUGAACUCUACCUUGAAACUUGUCAUUUAUUUUGAAAAAGUGAUAUUUAAAAAAGGGAUAUUUGGUGGCAGGUAGCCUAGUGGUUAGAGUGUUGGGCCAGUAACCGAAAGGUUGCUAGAUCGAAUCCCCGAGCUGACAAGGUAAAAAUCUGUUCUUCCCCUGAGUAAGGCAGUUAACCCACUGUUCCUAGGCCGUAAUUGUAAAUAAGAAUUUGUUCUUAACUGACUUGCCUAGUUCAAUUUUAUUUAUCAAAAAAUAUUUAUGAAAAUGCAUCAUACACUAAGCUACAAGCCGCAGGAGGAUUUGUAGGGUUAACAUCAAGGUAAUAAAUACAAUUGUAAUACUGUAGUUUUUAAUUUAAAUGGUAUAGAAUUAAUGAUUGUAUGCCUUUAAUUCUUGAAUGUACUGUAAGACUCCACAAAUACAUCAAUCAACAGAAUGGAUACACAAAUAGAAGAUGUUGAUUCAAAAGUUAAUUAUAACAGUAGGAGUGCCCUAUUUAAAACUGGAAGAUGUUAUCAUAUUUUACCACUUGGGUAGUGGUCAUUAUAAUCUUGAAUAAAUUAUAACAUUUUAUUA